CACACAUCUCUCUCGUUUUCUCUCUUUCACACAGAAAUAAACUCGGUUAAGAAUGACACGCAUGGCUACAUGGUUAACUCCUCAUUUUUAAAUGAACGUGUAAUUUGUUGAAUUAACUCUCCCGAGGUAACUCUUCUAUCAGCACUGCCUUAGCUUCCGUACAAGUGAAUUUUGUGUCCGAUUCGGUCUAAACUACAGAAACACUGCAAGCAAGUUGUUCUCUCUUUUUUUUUCCGACCUCCAAGCUCCGACUAUCAGAACAUCAGCUGAUAUCCGAUGAUGUUCGCGUGCUCUUUGAAACCGAGCGGCUCUCUGCGAGAUACAAAGUAUUCCAGGAACAUGAAGUUUGGUGAAUGUUUAAAGAAUGCCAGUGGAGUGCCUCGGAACUUGUGAUGGACGAGAAACUAAGAUGGACAAAGGACAUGCUGAUUUUGUAUCUCCCCUGUUUUUUUUUCUUGUUUUAACCAACAAUUUCUUAAACGUUUAAUGCUUUAAUUAAAAUACAUUUGAAAAAAUCCCCUUUAAAAAAAACCAACCUCAUACAGAAUGACCGUGGCGAGUUUACCAGAUGCUCUCACGUGACUCCUAUUCUAUACCGACAUCUCUUUCCUGUGAAUUUUACCACGGCCCUUCUCUUGUCUCCUGGCUGGCGCUUGUCAUGCUGGCGCGAGCCGUUUUCUUCCUCCUUGUCCUCCUGCACACGCUGGUGCAGGUUCAAGGCCAGUACGAGUCGUGCAAGUCACUCCUCGCCACGGAUGAGGGCUCAGUGUGGGAGCAGCAUGCAUGCCAACCCAAGCCCCAGUCAAUGAAGGAGUUCAUGCGCAUACAUGUGGAACCACCGGGCAUCACGUGCGGCAACCCACCCGAGAGAUUCUGUACGCUGGAGAACCCAUACCUGUGCAGCGAUGAGUGUGACGCGUCUAACCCAGACCUGGCGCACCCACCCCAGUUGAUGCAGGACCGUGAGCGUGGUGGCCUCGUCACGUAUUGGCAGACUCAGACGUGGCGUCGCUACCCUGAGCCGCUGCUGGCUAACAUCACACUGUCAUGGAACAAGAGCCUGGAGCUGACUGGUGAUAUCGAGAUAGCCUUCGUGUACGGUCGACCUACGGCCAUGGCGCUGGAGAAGUCGCUGGACUACGGGCACACGUGGCAGCCGUACCAGUUCUAUGCCGAUGACUGCCUGGAGGUGUUCGGAAUGCCGUCACAGCGGGCACGUGACCUCACGGCAUCCAACGCGACGCGCGUCAUCUGCACCGAACUCUAUUCCCGUUGGGUGGGUGCCAAAGGUGAUAAGGUGGUGCGCUUUGAGGCACGGACCCGCUUCACCAUCUUUGCUGGGCACCGGCUGCACGACAUGGACAGUCUGCGGGCUCGUUUUGAGAGCAACAAGGGCCUGCGCGACUUCUUUACCUUCACCGACCUGCGUCUGCGUCUGCUCAAGCCAGCGCUCGGAGGAACCUACGUGCAGAGGGACAACCUGCUGAAGUACUUCUACGCUAUUUCCAACAUAGAGGUGCCCUCCAGGUGUAAGUGUAACCUGCACGCAUCACAGUGCACGCUGCUGGACGGGAAUCUGCAGUGUGUGUGUGAGCACAACACCACCGGCCAGGACUGCCAGCGCUGCAAAAAAGGCUUCAAAGCCAAAAUCUGGAAAGCAGGAUCAUACCUGCCAACGCCUACCGGCACACCUCACACCUGUGCUCAGGCUGGCACUUCCUCUGGGUCCAACUGUGAGUGUCACGGCCACUCCAACCGCUGCAGUUACAUCGACUACCUGAACAUCGUCACGUGUGUGAGCUGUAAGCACAACACGCGUGGCCAAAACUGCCAGCACUGCCGCAUGGGCUACUACAGGAAUUCCUCCGUUGAGCUGGAUGACGAGAGCGUGUGUGUGGAGUGCGUCUGUAACCAGAUGGGUUCGCUACAUGACCGCUGUAAUGCCACUGGAUUCUGCCAGUGUAAAGAAGGCACGAUGGGAACCAAGUGUGAUGAAUGUUCGCCCGGUUACCACUGGAAGCAGGGCUGCCAAUCAAACGUGUGUGACGAGGAGCUGCUGAUGUGCCAGAACGGCGGCACAUGCCACCAGAACCAGCGCUGCAUCUGCCCACAUGAAUUUAAAGGUGUCCUGUGCCAGCACUCACGCUGCGAAGACGGGAAGAAGUGCGACCACGGGGACCACAAUGGCGCCUCUGUGCCCGCUCUGAGCCUGGCACUGCUGGUGCUGUGCCCGCUCCUCACCCUCCUGCUGGGUUCUGCAGUCCUGCGUCCUGAAACAGUGCCCGUCUUUCUCCCACCGUCACACACAUCGACACACACCUGUGAUGGCGCACUGGCCAUUACUCUGCUGUGCACCCUCGAGGAACCUAGGACUUCCUGGACAUAGAAAUAGGAAAGAUAAAUGACUCUAGAUGAGAGAUUUGUAAUAUAUAUAUAUUUUUUUUUUCCUUCUCCUUUUUUUUUUUAUUUUUUAAAAAUACAAAAGAAAAACCAUAGCCCGAAAAAAGGAAAUAAUAUAUACAUGUAUCAAAUAUUUAUACAUACAUAUACUAUACAAGCAUCAAUAACAGAUAUGAAGAGUUUAGGCACCAUCACUGAUUAACGGGGGGGGGGGGGGGGGGGGGGGGGGGCGGGAUGUGGGCGGCGACGUGACACAAAAUAUCACUAAUAUAGUAUUUUCAAGCUCAGAAAUAUUAAAGGUUAAUGCACUACUCUGAUUAGGAGGGACACCACCGUUAGAGGAACACUGUAUCCAAAAAGAGGCGGGGGAAAGAAGAACGAAAAGAAACGACGACGCUUACAUAUCACGUUCAGAUAUUUUUGGUACAGAAUAUUUUUGUUUGCAUUUAAACCUGUACGUAAAGGAGAGAAUUUAUUACACCUGAGCUGGCCUGUAGUCUAGAUAUAAUGCGAUUAUUAUUAUUAUUAUUUUUUAUCAGACUGAGCGUGUAUUACAGUAAUAAAUGCUGAUAUAUUACAAACGUUUAUUCUGUAUAAUAGAAAAGCAGGUUCAUGAGCACAGCUUGUAGUUAACUCUGCAGAAACACACAAACAAAACAAAAAACAAACUGUGUGUGAAUAAUUGAAAUAAAACGUGAGGACUGAAUAACCCGGAGAUAUGAGGAAAUCUGGACGCAGCAACU